AUGAUAUGUCAACAACAAUUAGAACAGAAUUUCGAUCGAAAAUCCAAUUUUAAAUACCAAAAACAUAAUCAUAAUCAAUCUUUUACAAAUAAUAUUAAUUUAGCCCGUUCAAUACCAUCGAAUAUGCAGUAUUUAAUAUCAGCACAACAUCAACAAUUACCACUAGAAUCAUUAAUAAAAAAAAAUUCAUCAUUUAAUUCAUUCACUAAUACUAAACACCAUCUUAUUCAUAGUAAACUCGCUCCAAUAUCAUCGAAUAUAUCUUUAAAUCAAAUAGACAGUAACAAUAACAAGGGAAUAUUAAAUACAUUACGUCGAUCAUUAAAAAAAAAUAAAGUACGUUUUUAUAAUAAACAAUCGUCGAUAUUUAAAUCGUAUAAUUCAAUCAAUGAUGCAUCUAGUGAACAACAAUCAACACCAAGUAUGAAUCGUCGACAACACUAUGAAAAUGAAAAUUUAAGAUCAUACCAACCAUCAUUUACUAUAGAAGUGUCGAAUGAUCAUGGAGAUAAUAUAUUACCUCUCCAACUCCCAUUGGGAAAUGAUCGAAUUGGUGAACGAACUAGAGGAAUUCAAUCAAAUCAAUGUCUUCCACUUAGAACGUCGCUGAAUGGCUCGUCACCUCUUGUUCCUAAUCAUCAUUAUAAUGGAUCUGUACCAAAAGCAUCUUCACCACUACCAGUUGUCCCAACUGUCCCACUCACACCAAUACCGACUGUAUCAUCAACUACAAAUAGCAACGGUAUUAUUCCAAAUACUAAAUAUAAUAAUUCAUUAGUAAAUACGAAUAAUAACAAUAACAGUAAUACGUCGAUCGUUGAGACAGAAAAUGAUGCAGAAAAAGAAAAAUUAAAAAAUGAUUUACAAUUAUUACGUAGUGAAUUACAAAAAUCAAAAGAAACGAUAGCACGUCUCCAAAAAAGCGAAGAACAAAUGAGAGAAAGAUUAGCUGAACAAGCACAACGUCAAAUUGAAAAAGGUGGUAAAUUUGAAGACUUAAAUCAGUUAACACGUCCAACAGAAUUAAUUCGUUCAUAUAAUGCACUAUAUUCACAAGCAAGAAUUGAUGCAUUAGAUGCACUCGAUAGCGUUUCAGAAAUGUCCGAUGCUGAAGAUCUUAAAUCAAAAUUGUUAUUUUCUGUUGUUGUUUUAGCAUUUCGACACGCUCAAAUACAAGCAAAAGAAAUUCGAUUAAAAGUAAAACAAAUAUUACAAUUAACAAGUGAUAAAAGUUCAACAUUACUCGUGGAAACAAUUGAAAAAUAUUUAAAAAGUACAAUUCAAAAAUAUGAUGUGGUAAAACUCGCCUACGAAGUGGAAAAUCAAUUAUGGACAACAUUAUAUGAUUAUCCCGCGUUAAAAUGUUGUAAUGAACUAAUCAAAUAUAUCAUGCAAUCAUGUAGAAUAGCAUGGGGUUUGGUUAAUCAUCAAUUUUUAAUUGAAUUUCAAAGUACUAAAUAUGAUAGAUUAUUACAUGAACGAUUUCAUACAUCGGAUAAUGAAAGUGAAACAAUUAUUGAAUAUAUAUGGCCAUGUUUAAUCGAUGGUAGAGAUCGUACGUGUGUGGCUAAAGGAGUCGUUAUUACAGAUGAUCGUUAUUCAUCGAAUAUAACGUCCUAG